AUGUCACUUGAUUGUUUCAGAACAUUGUGUCACCAACUAGAAACAACUUAUGGAUUAAAACCAACACUGAAUGUAGGCAUUGAAGAGAGUGUUGCAAUGUUUUUACGGAUAUGUGGGCACAACGAAGUUCAACGAGAUGUUGGUCUAAGAUUUGGAAGAAAUCAAGAAACCGUAAAGAGAAAAUUUUAUGAAGUGCUUAGAGCGACUGAGUUACUUGCUUGUGAUUAUAUCAAAACACCAACAAGGCAAAAACUACACAGGAUUCCGGACAGGCUAAUGGAUGGAAAAUAUUGGCCAUUUUUUAGUGGGUUUGUUGGAGCAAUGGAUGGUGUUCAUGUGUGUGUUAAGGUCACUCCUGAUUUACAAGGAAUGUAUUGGAGUCGACAUGAUAGAACAUCGUUUAACAUCAUGGCAAUAUGUGAUUUAAAUAUGUUAUUCACAUAUGUUUGGAAUGGAGCACCAGGAUAUUGUCAUGAUACAUCAGUUCUUACGAUAGCUCAAAACAGUGAUCCUGAAUUUUCUUUGCCACCAGAAGAUAAGUACUAUGUAGUUGAUUUUGGCUAUCCAAAUAAACAAGGUUUUCUUGCUCCAUAUAGAUCUUCAAGAAACAUGGUUGUUCGGUACCAUAUGUCAUCAUUCGAGAAUGCUCCGCCUCCUCAGAAUAAGCAGGAAUUUUUCAACCGUUGGCAUGCAUCUCUACGUUCUAUUAUUGAGAGAACAUUUGGAGUGUGGAAGAAAAAAUGA